AUGUCGCUGUGGGCACAGCCGCUGCGGGCCUCGCCGCCGCCGGCCGGGUCGCCGUCCCCUGCCGCUCCGUCGGGGCCUGCGGCCGGAGCCGCCCUGCACCGCCUGCCCGAGUCGCUGCUGCGGAGGCUCAGCGAGGGCCUGGACCGCGCGCCCGAGGGCCGCGGCUGGAGGCGGCUGGCCGAGAUGGCGGGGAGCCGGGGCCGCCUGCGCCUCAGUUGCCUGGACCUGGAGCAGUGUUCUCUUAAGGUGUUGGAGCCAGAGGGAAGCCCAAGCCUGUGUCUGCUGAGACUGCUGGGUGAGAAAGGGUGCACAGUCACAGAGCUGAGUGACUUCCUGCAGUCUAUGGAGCACACCCAGGUUCUUCAGCUCCUCAACCCCCCAGGAUUAAAGAUCACUGUAAACCCAGAAUCAAAGGCAGUUCUGGCUGGACAGUUUGUGAAGCUGUGUUGCCGAGCAACUGGACAUCCUUUUGUACAGUAUCAGUGGUUCAAGAUGAGCAUGGAGAUUCCAUAUGGAAAUUCUUCAGAACUGAUUUUUAAUGCAGUGCAAGUAAAAGACGCUGGUUUUUAUGUCUGUCGAGUUAAUAAUAAUUCCACCUUUGAAUUUAGCCAGUGGUCACAGCUAGAUGUUUAUGAUGUGACAGAAGUAACAGAAACUUCCCAGGGAAGUUGGGAUGGCAUCUCAGAAUCCAAGUUGCAAAUCUGUGUUGAACCAAGGUCACAAAAGCUGGUGCCAGGCAGCACAUUAGUUUUGCAGUGUGUUGCUGUUGGAAGCCCUAUUCCUCACUACCAAUGGUUCAAAAAUGAAUCACCACUCACCCAGGAGACAAAAAGGCUGUACAUGGUGCCUUAUGUGGAUUUCGAACAUCAGGGAACCUACUGGUGUCGUGUAUAUAAUGAUCAAGACAGUCAAGAUAGUAAGAAGGUAGAAGUCGUCGUAGGAAGAACAGAUGAGGCAGUGGAGUGCACUGAAGAUGAAUUAAAUGAUUUUGGACAUUCUGAUGAUAAGGAGCAAACAGCUGACCAGCCUUUUGCAAAGGACAAGGUCGCCCUCUUGAUAGGCAAUAUGGGCUACUGGGAGCAUCCCAGGCUUAAAGCCCCUUUGGUAGACGUGUACGAGCUGACCAACUUACUCAGACAGCUGGACUUCAAGGUCGUCUCAUUGCUGGACCUGACUGAAUAUGAGAUGUGCAAUGCUGUGGACGAGUUCUUACUACUUUUAGACAAAGGAGUGUAUGGGUUACUGUACUAUGCAGGGCACGGCUACGAAAACUUUGGGAACAGCUUCAUGGUUCCUGUUGAUGCCCCGAAUCCGUACAGGUCUGAAAACUGCCUGUGUGUGCAGAGCAUCCUGAAGCUCAUGCAGGAGAAGGAGACAGGGCUCAACGUGUUCCUGCUGGAUAUGUGCAGGAAAAGAAAUGACUAUGAUGACACCAUUCCAAUCUUGGAUGCACUGAAAGUCACAGCCAACAUUGUGUUUGGAUACGCCACGUGUCAAGGAGCAGAAGCUUUUGAAAUCCAGCAUUCUGGAUUGGCCAAUGGAAUUUUCAUGAAAUUUUUAAAAGACAGAUUAUUAGAAGACAAGAAAAUUACUGUGUUACUAGAUGAAGUUGCAGAAGAUAUGGGUAAAUGUCACCUCACCAAGGGCAAGCAGGCCCUGGAGAUCCGGAGUAGUCUGUCUGAGAAGAGAGCACUUACGGAUCCAAUUCAGGGUACGGCAUGCUCUGCGGAGUCUCUGGUGCGCAAUCUGCAGUGGGCCAAAGCGCAUGAGCUUCCCGAAAGUAUGAGCCUUAAGUUCCAGUGUGGUGUCCAGAUUCAGCUAGGUUUUGCGGCGGAGUUCUCCAACGUCAUGAUCAUCUACACACGCAUAGUGCACAAGCCGCCUGAGAUGACCAUGUGUGACGCCUAUGUGACUGAUUUCCCGCUUGACCUUGAUAUUGAUCCAAAACAUGCCAAUAAAAGGAGUCCUGAAGAAACUUGCAGUUACUUGGUAUCCAAGGAGCUUCCUGAGCACUGCCUGUGCACCAGACUCAGCUCCCUCCAGAAGCUGAAGGAGCAGCUGACCUUCACGGUGUGCCUGUCCUAUCAGUACUUGGGGCUAGAAGAGCCUGUGGAGGAGAAGCAGGAAGUGAAUGUCGGCAAGCCUCUCAUUGCCAAGCUAGACAUGCACCGAGGCUUGGGCAGGAAGAUGCGCUUUCAGGCCUGUCUCGUGCCUGAUGGGACUUACCACAGCUCUACAGCCACCUCGGCAGGAGCGGGACAUUUUCAUUCAUCGCAGGACUCACUUCGUGCUGUUUAUCAUUCCCAGCUUGGGAAUUUGGACACUGUUGUGCCAUCAGAAAGGUGUCCCUGCAGCCGGACUCCGAACGCGUUUACGUCAAGCUGCCCGCCCCACCGGUCCUCUUGUCGGUUUGGUAGAAGCAGCGGGCCCGUGGAGACGACGGAUGAAGUGCCCUUCAGUUUUUCUGACAGGCUCGGGGUUUCUGAAAAGUGACAUCAGCAUAAUUAUUGGUUGCCUCACAGGAGUCAGCACUUACAUAAAGUGAGGCACUGUAAAAAGAUAAAUUUGUGUAUAUAAAAAGGAAAUUGUGACAACUGUUUCCCUAGCAGGCUCGGGAUGAUGAGAUGUUGGGCUAGCAUUAUUUUCCUAGCAGGCCCCGCCCGCUCUUUGUCUCUGAAAAGAUUGAAUUGGCUGACUUUUCUGUAAGAUGAACCAUGAGGCAAGGCUAAGGAGAAAGAUCAGUGCUAGAACACUCACCUACUUUGUAGGAGACCGUGGGCUUGUUCCCUAGCACUGGGGGAAAAUGGGGUGUGUGUGUAUAAUAAAUGUGUUUUUUAUUUUGACCACACAGAAGUAAUAGCAGUAAAAUACAUUGUUGUAAAAAAUAUUUGAGGAGUGGGAAAGAUGGCUCAGCAGUUAAAGGCGUAUGCUUACAGGCUUAGAUGCAAUUCCCAAGCCACCCACAAAAGCCAUAUGCAAAAAGUGGCCCAAGCAUCUGACAUUUAUUUGCAGCAGCAAGAACCCCUUCACACCCAUACACAUACGCACGCAUGCACGUGCAAAUGUUUAUAAUUUUUAAACCUGUUUUAAAACAUGUUACUAUAUUUUGUUGGUCAAGGUAGGAUCUUGCUUUAGCCCAGGCUGACCUGGAAUUCACUGUGUAGUCUCAGGGUGACCUCAAACUCACAGUGGUCCUCCUACCUCUGUCUCCAGAGUGCUGGGAUUAAAGGUGUGAACCACUAACCCCCAAUGUUACUUUAUUUUUAACACCAAGAAGAACCAUCUUGGUCGUCAGGUGUAAGAACUAGUUUCAUCAGUGGAAGGAAGAGAUGGAGCCAUCUUGUCUUAAGUUGGAGCUAAAACCAGAAAAUAAGAAUUCUAGAUUUGUAUUCUGGGAUUUUUCUACUGUACACUGCCUUCCUGACAAGGUCUCAGACAGGUAGUAUUUAGAUGAAAGAUAGGCAGGAAGAGAGAAAUAUGUACACGCGUGUGUAACCCUUUGAGAGUAGAUGCUGACCUGUACGCUGUGGUUACGGAGCUUCAGGUGAUAGGAAGUCAUGUAAACCUGAUGAUGUUCUGACUUUCAUGAACCACAUGGGGCUGAAGAUGUGUGUUAAACCCUCAGGGGCCAGGAACAAAUUAGGCUGGACAGUGGGCAGCUGCCCAGCUCGGUCUUCUGAGCAGUCUCACUUGCUGACAGUGGCCUCAGUAGAUAAUGUCCUUACCAUUUUUGGUUUUUCCUUAUAAGCAGGUUUAAAGCCAACGGGAUAUCAGGGAACUGCUCAUAAAAAGAUUGAAUUAAAGCUGGACAUGAUGGUGCACACAAAGGUAGGAUAAUGCUGUGAGUUCAAGGGCAGCCUGGAACUACAAAGUGAAUUCCAGGUCAGCCUGGGCUAGAGUGAGACCCCACCUCGAAAAACCAAAAGUCCCACAAAGAAGAUCCCACAGCCAGAUGGCUUCACUGCUAAAUUAUACCAAUUUGAUUAUAACCAUCAGCUCUAAAAGCCACUUCCUAGUGUCCCUUAAAACCAAAGACACCGUCAUGACGCUGCAGACCAAUACACUGUGCACACAGGCACAGAAGUCACCCGGCCCUUCAGAGAGCGCUCGGCAGCCGAGUCGCCCACCCAGCGAUGGCGUGCUGUGAUCAAGUGGGAUCUGCUGCAGAGGCAAGGCUGGCUAACCUCAAGACACUGACCAAGGCGUCUUCCCUGUGCACCCUGAAUGAGAUUUUAUUUCACGGACUUGACGGUGAGGUGCUGGAGUCGCUUUCCCACCAACUGCAUCUGUGACCUCAGUGCCGUCACCUGCACAUGAAGCAACCGGGCCUCCAGUAAGGUCUGCAAGUUUUUUGAUGUAAAGUUCAGGAAACUCACAUGAUGAGAGCUUAGAUAACUAAUAUGUGCACAAAUUUUAUACAAAGAUAAAAUGGUGGGUGUUUUUUACUUUUAUGAGUUUUUCUUAGGUGGGUUAAUUACAAGUUAUUUCCUAUUUGAACCUCCUGCUGGUCAUUUACUGUCAUCAGUUGAUGGUCAGUCAUCAGAAUUUAUGGAUCAAUUGGAAUUUUUUUAUCUUGGUGUGUGUUCACGCAUGUGCCUGUGGCCCGUGCAUGUGGAGGUCAGAGGCAACUUAGGGUAUCAGUCCUCACCUUCCACCCGUGUUCACUGCUGCACAACCUCAGAAUUCUCCUGUCUCAGGCAAGAGAUGGCUUAGCAGUUAAGGAACUUGCCUGCAAAGCCAAAGGACGUUCGAUUCCCCAGGACUCACGUAAACCAGAUGCAGAAGUUGGCACAUGUGUCUGGAGCUCAUUUGCAGUGGCCAGAGGCCCUGGCAUGCCCAUUCUCUAUCUCUGCUUCUCUCUCUCAAAUAAACAAUACUUACAAACCAUAAUUCUUCUGUCUCCACCUCCCAUCUUGGUGUAGGAGAGCUGGGAUCAUAGACGUUCACUACUGUGUGUUUUAUGUGAACUCUGGGGAUCUGACCUCUAGUCACGUUUGCAUAGCAAUUGCUUUUACCCACUGAGCCACCUCCCCAGCCCCUCAACUCAGAAUUUGUGCAUUCCUUUGUGAAUUCAUGGUCUGUUUUUCAAAUUAACAAUGAAUUUGAAUUCAGUUUGAUACUGUGCAUUUUAUCUAGGCCUAACUAAAGUAUAUUACUUAAUUUUUUGCAACCUCACCUACAUGACAUAUUUCACAUAUUGACAAAAUAUACCCAGAACAUGAGCAUGUGUAAACAUGUGUCUUAUCUUCCCAGCUGGACAGUACUAAAACCACUUCAACAUCAGACACAACUUUGGCUUUACUGCUGAGUCUGGUACUGCUCUGGGCUUCACUUCUCAUGGACAGUGUGACUUGAAUGUAGCACUUCCCUGUAUGACAUCAGAGGGCUAACAGUACUUUCUAGACUUGAUAGUAUUCAAAAAAAUCUUUACUGUAAAGUACCAACUUGUUAGGUAUGGUGGCUCACACCUAUAAUCCUGGCAUUUAGAAGGCUGAGGUGAGGGUUGCCAUGAAUUUGAGGCCAGCCUGGGCUACAAAGCAAGAUCCUGUUUCAAAAAAA